AUGACAACCCCGGCAACCAAGAAACAGAAAACAACGACGACAGCACCACCACUUCUGCGACCCACAACUGCCACACCCAGCAAGACCCACUCAGAUACAGCCACUUCUGACCCCACUAAGAAACCAUCACACGCGGUGAAAAUAUCUCGAGCGAUAUCGGCAUGUAAACGAUGCCGCACCAAGAAGAUAAAAUGUGAUCAAAAAUUUCCUCAAUGUGGUAAAUGUGCUCAACAUAAUGUCGAAUGUAUGGGAUUGGACCCAGUUACAGGGAGAGAAAUACCGAGGAGCUAUAUUGUUCAUUUGGAAGAGCGGGUUAAGUUGUUGGAGAAAAAGUUGGGUGAUUUGGGUGCGAGUAUUGAUUUUGAUGCUGAUGCGGAUGGAGAUGUGGAUGGAGAUGUGGGCGCUAAUGCUAGUGCUGGUGCUAGUGGUGGUGCAACCGAGAAAGGAGAGCUUGAUAAUGAUACCGUCGGAAUGCAGAGAAAUGGGGUGAAUGUGUCAACAACGAGCAAAGAAGCAGCGAAUCAAGGUCUCGAAGCAGAGAGACAUAGUCGACACGGAAGCAACAGGAUUAGUUUUCUGAAAUUGAUAUCAACCGCAGUGAAGGUGCAGAAACUACAUGAAAGAAGUGCUGAUGACGAGGUUCCCACGGGAUCUAAAGACGCUUUACUGGAAGAUGUGUCCAAAGAACGUAGCCCAGACGAUUCCAUAACCGAUGACGAGAUGAAAUCAGCGGCUGUACUACCACCCAAAUCCACAGCACUACAAUUUUGUCAAAUUUUCUUCCACCAAUGUAAUGCACAAUUCCCCAUCAUGCACCGAGAAGAAUUUAUUCGUGAUUGUUUCAUACCUAUUUAUGGACCGGUUGAACUAAAUCGAUUUCAAUUUGCAAGUAAUGAUGGAUCGAUAAAUGAUUCAUUUUGGACAAAAGAUGGUGGUGCAAGUAGUGAUGGAAGUGGGUACUGGUUUGAUGAGUACAAGUUGCAAUUUCAACAUUUGCUUACCAAAGAGACUGAAGAAAACACCGAUAGUAACAAUAUUGACAUUAGGGCGAUUUCCAAUUGUAUUGUACCACCACGACGAUACCACAUACCACUAUUCUUCCUCAACAUGGUGUUCGCCAUUGCAUCUUCAGCCCAUCAUUUGAAAUACCCAUCACAAAUUUCAGAGUCAUUUCGUUUAGCAGCCAUGAAAUAUUACAAUAUUGUCAAACGCAACAACGACCAGUUGAUGGCACUUCAAGGUAUACUUCUCUACACAUUCUAUUCCAUAAUGCGACCGACGAAUCCGGGGGUAUGGUACAUUAUGGGAGAAGCACUACGUGUAUGUGUUGAUUUGGAUCUACAAAAUGAACUCAAAACUAAAUCUAGACAAAACUUGGACAUUGAUGGAUACACACGAGAUAAAAGACGAAGGAUUUUUUGGUGUACUUAUUCCAUUGAUCGACAAAUUUGUUUCUACUUGGAUCGACCAUUUGGCAUUCCUGAUGAAAGUAUCAAUACGCCAUUGCCUAGUGUAUGGGAUGAUCUGAAGAUUGUUCCCAAUGACUCAAUCAUGGACUAUACAAAAAUGAGCAAUGGUGAUGAAGGAUUUGGCGGUACUGAUGUAAUUAGUUACAAAACCGUAUCAUUGGCAUUUGUCAUGAUUCGGAAACUACAAAGUGAAGUUACCAAGAUAUUGUACACUGGGAGUGAAAUACCCCGAGAAUACACUGAUUUAUCGCAUUGGAAAGUGGACAUUUUGUCGAGGCUAACCAACUGGUAUAAAAAUCUCCCAACGGCAAAACAAAUGAAUUGUGACUUUAACCCCAUUUUUUUCCAUUUGAAUUAUCAUCAUACAUUGUUGUACAUCCAUGGAUUGGGACCACGCAAUUACAAUUUAACCAUGGAUGAUAUCCGACAAGUUUCCAUCUCCGCUAAAGAAGUAAUCAACUGCUAUACACAAUUGUAUUUGACGAAAUCUGUCAACUAUACAUGGGCAGCAGUACAUAACUUGUUUAUGGCAGGCACAUCAUACUUGUAUUCAUUAUACAACUCUGAUGAGAUUAGAAUUAUGAAUCCAAUCAAUACGGUGAUGCUUAGCUGUUCCAAUUGUUUGAAAAUCUUGUCGAGCUUGAUUGACAAAUGCGACGCGGCGCAAUAUUGUUGUGAGAUUUUCCAUAAUUUAACAUUGGUUAUUGUCAAGUUGAAGUAUCCUAAUGAACUGGUGAAUCAGUUUUUGCCAGGGGGUGGUAACAAGAGCCAAGUGGAUAAUGAGAGAAACGAUGACUACGAUGUUACUGGUGGUGGUGGAAGAGAUGGUAGUGGCAAUGGCAAUGGUAAUGGCAAUGGUAAUGGCAGUGACAAGAGUGAAGCAAAGGUGAGUCGUGAAUCAUUGUAUCGAAUCAACAAUGGCAAUGUUCAUUCUAAUUUAUUCCAUUUGGUUAAUGAAUUGGACCAUUUAAAUCCAUUGACUCAAGGAUCACCAAACAGCGAAGCAACUUCACACAGUCAACAGCAGCAAUCGCAACAACAACAAUUUUCUCAAAACCAGCAACAUCAUCAGCAAUAUCUGCAGUCGCGACCAGCUCAACAUCAGCAAGGACUUCCGUUUUCAUAUGGAGCUGGUUCCCCCCACGAUCAAAGUGGAGUGACUCCAUACACGGUCACCAGUACUCAUAAUGUCAUUGUAUCACCAGAAUUUGUCCAUGGAUUUGACUACCCUGCUGAAUGGAACGAUCAAGAUUUGGAUUUCUUUUUCCAAGAAUUAAAUCAGCAAAAUAACAACAAUGUCGUUGGUGCAUCUAGAGGAACGUAUCUGGACAAAUCCACUCCACCAGCAACUGGUUCCCGCACUCAUGCUGGUCAUAACACUUUUACUCCACCUCCUUUAAUAUCUCAAUUUCCUCCACAGCCAGGAACAGGAACAGGCACAGGGGCGGGUACGGGGACAACUACUAGCACCGGUCCUACGAAUAUGCGUGAAGGGAAACGAAUUUUUGAUUUGAUGCACAAUGCGCCAACUGAGAGGAUAUGGGAAGAGUUUUUUACGUCAAAGUAA